AUGUCAGUGCCGCCUGAAACGAUUAUGAAGAAAAUUACGAAAUGUAAUUUAAGAGUCCCAGCACGAAUAGGCAAUGUACCCGUAAUUAGUAAAAAUAAUGAACAACAUGGUCCGUCAGCAGCUAAGCAUAAAAAAAAGGAAGAAGUUGAUUUAGAAGACUGUAAUGAUCAUAAUUACUACAAACCAACUUCUAGAAUGGUAAGUAUAGAAAUAAUAAAGUUU